AAAAAAAAAAAAAAAAGAAAAGGAAAAUAUCAGAGAAUCGUCGUCUCUCCACAAUUCAAAAAAACCCUAAAGCGUUCGUUCACACAGAGAUCUCGAGAUGAAGGAUAACCAAACGGAAUUUGCUGGGAGGAGCACUGAUGAGAGAUUGAAAGUUAGAGGAAAGAAAACAAAGGAUCCAAACAGGCCUAAGAAACCUCCAAGUGCUUUCUUCGUCUUCCUGGACGAGUUCCGACGGGAGUUCAAUCUAGCUAAUCCUGAUAACAAAUCCGUGGCCAAUGUUGGCAAAGCUGCUGGAAAGAAAUGGAAAUCUAUGACCGAGGAAGACAAAGCACCUUUUGUAGCAAAAGCAGUGACCAAAAAGACUGAGUAUGCCGCCACUUUGCAACAGUAUAACAUGGAUCUGGCUAAUGGAACCAAGCCAACUGGAGAUGAAUCUGACAAGUCCAAGUCUGUCGUCAACGAGGUGACAGAAGGUGGAGCAAGUGAAGAGAAGGCAGGAGGAGCUGAUGAUUAGGGAGUUGGAUCAGUGAUUUGUGUAUCCAAGUAAUUUCCUUGUGUUUGUGUCAUCAUCUGUGUGUUAGCUAGUUUACUUUUUAGGGAGAAGAAUUUAGUUACCUUGUUCCUAUGUUUCCCCCUUUCUGUUGUUAACUGUCGGAUUUCUAUUCAGAUGUAACUUCCAACUUCUUCUCAUCAUAACUUUGGAUUUAGCUUUGAGCUUUAUUUUCUACAUCUUAUAAAAUGUGUUUGCACUCCUA